UCUUGAGCCACAAUUGCCCAUAUUAAACUUUGAAAAAGAGGAAAUGCUACUAUUAAGAAACAGUAAAUUUGAGGUCAUCCUGAUCAUUCCUGCAGUUGCACUAAUGGGUGUGUGUUUGUUAUUACAAAUUGGAGUCUGUUGUAUAUUUAUGAUUUAAACCGCUCCAGCACCGUUAACAUCUAAAGCAUCCUCUAAUCUCUCAAUUCACAUGGGUCCAUCAAAACUGAACAGAAGAAAAUUGGAAGAAGUCUAUUCAGACAUGAGGUCAGAAUUGACAUAACUAACGUGAAUGGAUGGAUGGACAGAGAUGAAAGCAUCAAUCCACCGUGUCUUGUACAAGUAGUUGAGAUUGGUAGUAGUGGUGUAAUAGCUCAUUAUUUAAACUACAAACUACCUGAAUAUUGUUGUUGGCCACCACUUUAUUACCACACUGUACCCAUCUUCUGAUGGUUACCUGUAGCAAGGUAACAUGCCAUGUCACAAAGCUCAGAUCAUGUCAAACUUGUGUCUUGAACAUUGCGAUGAGUUCACUGUACUCAAUUUUGUACUCAAAUAUGGACCAUAAUCUCUGACUAAUAUUUACAGAACCUUGUUGAAUCUAUGCAACAGGGAAUUCAUUCUGAAGACAGUAGAGGGUGGCUUCUGUUUCUCCUAAAUAACCAUUAUCUUCAUCCAUCCGUUCAUUCAUCCAUUGUCUUCAUGUAGACAAAUUGGUCUACAUGAAGAGGUCAUAUCUUUUCUGUAGCAUUUUAGAAUAUUGAUAUCGCUCCUGUCAUCCAGGAAGGGUUAAGUUUGGUCUCAUAUCUGCUGUUUUUCCCUCCCUUUUCUAUCACACUAUGUGUUGCAGUUGACAUUUAAAGAAAAUGGUUAAUGCUGAGAGUAAUGUUUUGUUAGGUAAAAGGUGUGUAUCACCUGAAAAGCAUGUGCUGUUGUAAAGUCAACAUGUAGACAGGCAUCAGCCUGCAAUUUACCUUCUAUUUGCAUAGAGGCGUAGAGUGGCAGACGAGACUGAUCAGCUUGAACGUCAUCCUGUUUUUCAACAAGCAAAGCAAAAGCUGGUAUCAAUGUGGGAAUUAAGACAAAAAUCCUUGUACAUAGGUCAUCUCAUUUAUAACUAGUCCUGCAUUGUAUAGGCUGUCAUGAUCAUAGGAUUAAAUGGAUUAGACAAUCCUGGAAAACAGGACAAACUAUGCCUGAUUCUCCCAGAGCUAAUAGAUUUCACUUUUUUCACUUCUUUUUUUGAAAAACAUUUUUGUUUUUGUUUGUUUUUUUUCUUUUAAAUUAGAGUUUCAGCUUAUUCGCCACUUUUUGACAAAAUAUACCUGGUGAUGUCAACAGGAUUAUCUCUGCUUCAUCUGAACACUACAUAGCUGCAACACAGGUUGUGUCAUAAACUGUAUUUAAAGGGUUAAUCUUUUACGGCUAAGGGCAUUUCCAAACAUAUAGUCAGUUUGCUCUGAUAUGAAUCAGAUGCAGAGUGGGGGAACUUGUUGUAUUUCUCAUCAGUUUCAUUUCCUUUGAAAGAGGGAGGGGGAAAUGUAAGCCAAAGUACAUGUAUAAAAGCCGCGGGAGAACCUUCACUCUGCUCUUUAGUUAGAUGUGUCUAUCGUAGAAAGGAUAAACACAGAAGGCUCAAAUGAAGGUGUGAUGCUAGUCCAGAAGAAAGGAGGGGAAAAUCAUCUCAAAGUUGAGCCAUGGCAGCUGAUCUGGAUGUGGUGAACCUGUGUAUUAUUGCUGGAGGAACACUGGCUAUUCCCAUCCUGGCCUUUCUGGCUUCCUUUCUUCUCUGGCCCUCUGCAUUAAUUAAAGUGUAUUACUGGUACUGGAGGAGGACUCUGGGCCUGCAGGUGGGCUAUGCGGAUUGUGGUGGUUAUCGCUUUUGUUACUCCUACAGAGGAAAGCCUGGAAUGAGACCUUCGAUCUUAAUGCUGCAUGGCUUCUCUGCUCACAAAGACACAUGGCUCACUGUUGUCAAGUAUCUGCCAAAACAUCUGCACAUUAUGUGUGUGGACAUGCCUGGCCAUGAGGGGACAACACGCACCAACAUAGAUGAUUAUUCCAUUCAGGGGCAGGUCAAAAGAAUCCAUCAGUUUGUGGAAACCAUCCGCUUAAACAGGAAACAGUUCCAUCUGGUUGGAACCGGCAUGGGGGGAAAUGUAGCCGGGGUUUACGCAGCCUGCUAUCCCUCAGAAAUCUGUAGCAUGACUCUCAUCUGUCCAGAUGGAAUAAGACAUCCAUGUGAGACCAAGUUUGACAAUCAUGUGCAGGACCUGGAACACAGCAAUUACACCCUGAACAUCCCGCUGAUCCCCACUACACCCGAGGAGAUGGAGGAUAUGUUCAAACUGUGCUCCCAUGUUCGCUUUAAAAUUCCUCAGCAGAUCCUUCAAGGCCUGGUAGAUGUCCGAGAGCCUCACAACACAUUUUACCAAGAGGUUUUUAUGGAGAUUGUAGGUGAGAAAUCAAGAUAUGCCUUACAGGACCACUUGCAUCUAAUAACCACACCUUUACAAGUGAUAUGGGGCAAACAAGACCAGGUGGUGGAUGUCUCUGGAGCGGCAGUGAUUGCAGAGACCUUGCCUGAAUGCAGAGUGGAUCUGCUGGAGAACUGCGGACACUCUGUGGUGAUGGAGAGGCCUUCUCGGACAGCCAGACUCAUUCUGGAGUUCAUCAUCUUGCAGCAAAAUGCCAGAAGUGGCACAAAGAAAGCCACCUGACCUAAAGACUUUUCAUCGUUUCAUGUUAUUCUAAUGCUCCAAGUGCUCCUGCUUUUGUAUAGAAGAUGCAGACACCUCACAAAAAUGUACAAUUAAGAUAGUAGGAAAUUAUUGAAGGCUUCCUGCAUUUCUUCAGUGUGAAUGAAUCACAUUUCUGUUAUAACACAAGCUGCAUGACGAUAAUAAAACGACCAUGCGUUUA